AGGUGAUCAGGUUCUCUCUGAACUUCAUUUUCUUGGCUUCGAGACUUGUCAGACGUGGAUGAUCGAUGAAUCAUCACAUAUCUGAAUGUACGACACCUGCACUCCAACAUUUGAUGUCCCACCGUUGAGGUUGACUGCAGUUACAAAGAAGGAUCAAAGCGUUACAGCAAAAACGGGCUAUGCUCGUUUGCGUUUUGAAGGUCAAGAAGACAAAGACUGGACUGCCUCCCAUGACAUGUUCUUCCAGAGAGAAAAGGUGACAGUUCCAAACAAAUCACUAGAAGCCUGCUACUGUCUGACGAGACGAUAGCAGUCUGCUAGAAUUGGUUAUGGUCUGUUGGAUUGGACGGCUUC